AUGUUUAGCUGGCUGGGUAAUGAUGAUAGGAAAAAGGAUCCUGAGGUUUUUCAGACAGUCAGUGAAGGUUUGAAGAAAUUGUACAAAACUAAACUUCUCCCCUUGGAAGAUUAUUACAAAUUCCACGAGUUCCACUCCCCAGCCCUGGAAGAUGCUGAUUUUGACAACAAGCCUAUGAUCCUGCUGGUGGGACAGUACUCAACUGGGAAAACCACUUUCAUUAGGUAAGUACCUGGGCAUGGAAUGAGGGUCUGAAAGGACAGUAAGUACACUCUCUAUGUGAGCAUUAACAUUCUUAGAAUGUUCUGUUUCAUGGUUAAAACUGUAAAUAUAUGUAUCAACGUUUUUGAAACAUUUUGUUUUCUGUUUCGUUUGUGUGUGUUUGUUUUUUUAUUUGUAUCAAUUGUUCUGAGAUUUGUUUGAAGAAUUGAUUUGCAAUGUUAUUGUUUUACUGAAUGACUACAUGGCAGUAAGUACAUGUUUGUUUGUUUGGUUUUUUUGGGGGGGAUAGUCUUUGUAUUUUUACAUCUUGUGUAUUUUUGGAAACACAGAGAAGAAAAUGUAUAAAAAUAAAAUCAACAUGGAUUCUAAAGUUAUAUCCAUUUAUCUAAACUUGAUAUGAAUAUGCAUCUCCUCAAUAUUUUGCAGUUGAUAGUGUUACCUUUUCUUGUGGGAUGAUGGGUGUAGUGUAAAUAAUUGAGGUCCAAUUCAUGAAGGUUAUAGAGCAGGACUGGGAAUGACCCCUUUUAUAGACCCUCUAUUCUCAGUCCCUAUAAACCAGCUUGCCCUCCCUAUAAACUGUGCCUGCCCUCAACCACCUCUUUACUCCAUAAUAUUCAUUUUCUAGUGAUGAGGGAUCAAGAAGACCUCAUUUAUAUCAUAGAGCGGGAAAUGGGUCACAAAAGGGAAGAAAACAUGUCCUGGGGUGCAGCAGAGUUGGCAAUCAAAUAGCAAAAUGCAUUUUUCAAAAGAAGAGUAUAUUGAAUGGCCACUGAGGGCCGUGAAUUUCUCAGUCCUGAUGUGGUGUUGAGCCGCCAUGGGGUUUCUAUACAUGUUAUGGAAAUUACGGAAAAUUGGAACCAGAGUGAAAAUUUUAAACCAGAAUAAUCCAUUUGGAAAAACAAUCAACUUGGCUAUUUUUCAAAAGCCUCUGUAUUCACACGUGACAAUGUGACAUGUCCUUGUUUAGUGAAUCCCCCUCAUGAAUACAGAGACAUUUCUGUAAUUGUAAAGCUGACUCUGGCCUUCUGCACACUGUAGUGGUUAUGGUGCCAGGAACUCCCUGGUGUUCCCAGAGCAAGUCACAAAUUGUCUGUGAACAGUCUGACCACUACAUGGGGUCCACCAGCCACCGUUCUUUUUAUUUUUCAUAUAUGACCUUAUUACAAUUACUAUUAUUUGUAUAAUUUGAAUCUGCUGGUUAUGCCAUUACUUUAUUGCAGUUUGUGGGUUUAUUUGUGUAGAAAUACUCUCGACUCAGAAUUAUGAAAAGUUUUGACACACAUACAGUAUGAAUAGACUGUCUAUAAUUGUUACACUAUGGCGCAGAUUAUGUGACUCGGUGGGGAGGCUCACAGUUAAAGACUGACCUUGCCUGGACUUGAUUCACAGUGACUGCAUGCAUGUAUCUAGUAAAGUCUCCCAGCGUUGAUGAGUCAGCUGUAAUAGUACUCCCAUUAGGAAGUCAGAGGAUAUCCCACUAAAUGCAAAGGGAAACAAAGCUGGAGUCGAUAUAAUGGGGGAUAUAUUGCAUGGUAAAUGUCGGUGUUUAUGUAUGUACCUGCCAAGAGCCCCUUAAGGACACAUGACAUGAUUCCCUUUUAUUCCAGAAGUUUGGUCCUUAAGGGGUUAAAAAGGAUUAUUUAUCAAUUGCCUAUUAAGUAUUUCUCUUUUUUUAUCUCAACGGUCUAUUUGGAUUUAAAUAGAUACAAGAAUUGUGGAUAUAAUUUAGUUUAAAGAAACACUCCACCCAAAAACAACUUCAUCUCACUGAAGCUGGCUGGAGUCCCUGGGCGCCGUCUUACCGUAAGGAUAAAUCUCCAGGCGCCCGUCUUCACUGUCUUUUGACUCCUCUGUUUGGCCAUUUAAGAAGCACAAUACGUGCCGGUGGUAGACUGAGGGCGUGCGCUAAGUGCUUUCAGCCAGCGAGCGUGGUUCUGCAUUGCAAUGCGCUAACCGAAUACUUCUGCAGGGGAAAGCCAUAAUGGCACCAGGCUGGUUCUAGUGGCUUUGGUGCUAGAAGUAUGCCUGUAGCACAGUUUUCAAAGUUUUUAUUUAGUUGUGCGAUUUCCAGAAGAGUGACUGUUCUCCUUUAAAACCGCGUGACCUAUCACUUUAAAUAUGAUCAGCAAGUUGAUGUGUAGCUCUGUCAACAGGGUGGCCUGCAGUUAAAUGCCAAGAGGGUGAUCGUCCGCAGCGUCGUUAUUACGCUGAACAAUCUGGCAUUAAGCAAAUUUUCACAAGCAAUAACCGUUAUUUAAUAAAGUGUGCAUUCAAAGUUAAAAAUCGUCAAACUGGCAAAAUUGUCUAACUCAACUGUGAUUCCAGUUCAGAUACUGGGCCUUAAAUGUCAACUUUCACUUUGAAUUCUCACUGUAGAAGAUAACUCUGUAAAUGUUCAAUGUCUAGUAGAACGUUGUUUGGCUAGUGAUGGCAACGUUGGCAUCCCAUGUUUUUGAACAAGUGUGGAGUUCACAGAUUUCUGGGUUUCCAGGAUAGCCAUCACCCAAUACAACGGCGACUAUGGAGGGUUCAGCUACCAGAUCCAGAAAGACCAGUCCCUCACUGUGUGGGUCGGAAGCUCAGAAGGCGCCUUGUAGCUUGUACUACUUGUACUACCAAUGUCUCUCUUAUGACGUAUGUCUUUAUAACUCUACUUCAUAUAGCAGUUAGACAUGACUGUUUUACUCUCGAUGUUGAAUUUACACAAAAAGUGCACAUCUCUCUCAAGUUGACCUGUUUUAUCACUGCAAUUUAUAUACAUUGACUAUCAUUAUGUUGAUGCAAGCUUGUAUUCUUAAGCACUACAAAAAGAAAGAAUUAUAAAAAAAAAAAAAAAAGUGCCCCUGCUGCAGAUUGCUGGAAAAUGCAUAGAUCGAAUGUUAUUUUCGGUUUAAAUGUCUGUGGCGCAGGUAAAAAGGUGUAAUACUGAUGGCAGUCUGAUUAAUGUUACAACCCUGAAAAGCAGAUUGUACAGAAAACGGAGUUAAAUGGUGACAUAUUAAGGUGCUUUGGAAUCACAAGGUGUGAAGUUCACUUGUACCACACCUCGUGACCUGAUGGUGUAAAGCCAGAGAAGGGAAACUCCCAUUGUUGUGUUUUUUUUUUGUUUUUUUUUACAUUUGUUUAUUGGUUUAUGAGAUCAAUAUGUCUGCUGUCUUGUAUUGGAUACAUGCAGCCUGCAUUCAGUGUUUUUUAUUUUUUUUAAUUGUGCGGAUGUAAAUAAUGCAUUUAUACUGCUAAAUGGAGCUCAUUAGUUGCCAUUAGAUCCCAUCUCUAACCCUGUUCUCACUCCUGAUUUUUGCACCAGAUAUAAAUCAUAUUGUACUGAAAGCUAGCAGGCAGACAGGAAGAAGAGGCCCGGUGCAUAUAUUUAUUUUAUGAGGCCUUUUUAAAGGUAAUCCUGUCGUUAUGUAUGUUUGCUUGAUUUCAUCAUUUUUAGCAUUAUUGGUUGAAUCACAUUAGCCAAUUUGCUUAACACCUUGUGUUAUAGAAUGAAGGAUGAUGUGAUUGGAUGGAAUAACCCAGCCAAUCACUUAAUUCUUGUAGCAAUAACACUGGGAUAUAAAUCAUCUGAAUUACUGCCGUAAAAAAAAACCAUAUUCAAAACCACCAUCAGGUUGUCAGGAUCUACUUUCAACUCAUGACAAGUAUGUAUUUAUUUUCAAGGAUACAUGUUUAAUUUAGCAGAAUAAUUUAAAUAGUCAAAGGAAUGCUCCAGGAACCAUAACAUUUACAGCACUCUGUAGUGGUUAUGGUGUUGAGUGGUCCAUUUUAACAUGUUUGACAACUUACCUGGGUCACUGGGCGCCUGAGCUACAUCAGCCAUAUCUGGUCUGCCAGCAGCAGAAACCCAAUGUCUCUGUAGAUUACAGCUCUACCAAUGCAGGAUGGUGCCUGCCAUUGAGCUUGGUCCUGCAUUGCUUUAUAGAGCAAUCUGUCUUCUGCCCGAGAGGACCAAAUAUGGACCUGGCAGGUAGCUUGUCAACCCAUGCAACAAUGGUUGGACAUUAUACUGCAUGAAGGCACCGGGGUAUUCUUGGCACCGUAACGGUUACAGAUGCUUUGAGUGUUCCUUUAAAAAUGAAUAGUUUGCAUUGCUAUACCCUCAUAUAUUUGAUGGAACGGUGGAGAAUAAAUGUAACAGUUCGGUAGAGCACAUCGAGCCCUGUUAGGUUCUCACAGCAUUUCAUGGGGAGGUAUAAUUUAUAGUAAUUGAUGCCAGGUGUGAGAAUUGCAAGCAUUAAAUGGUGAGGCCAAGGUGGUAGUAAUUAGUGUCAGGCACUGGGCACCCCUUGGAGUUCAAUAUAAAGGUGGUUCUGCAUAUUUCAGGAGGAUGAUAAAUUCAGUGACAUGCCUCUACAUUUCCAAAAUUAGUUUCACUAUUCUGAGCUCAGUAAAGAGAAUCAAUACAGUUGGUUCCUGCUUCCAUUAAAAAAAAAAAAAGGAAAUAAUAAUCGCUGUAAACUUUUAAACUCCUAACAUACAGCAAUUUUUGUAUCCAAACUGUUUACUGUUAUGUGCCAAAAAAUAUGAGAUCAGGAUCGAGGGCAGGAUGGAACGUGCCACCUGCGAAGAGGCAGCUCCGAUAACAAUAAUAAAAUCUACUUGGGAAUGUUUCCAGGAGAAUCAAAAACUAAACCCAAAUGGGCCGAGAGGUUGUUCAUAAAUUACUCUCAUCAAAUGCUGCUGUUAAAAACAGCCCUGCUUAGGGCAAAAAUAUAAUCAGUAGAAACUGGCGCUUUAGCUGUGCUGCUUGGCAAAGUCUCAUCUAAAGCUUAUAUUAGAAUUCCAGACGCUUUCCUGCCAUAGUUCUAUAAUUAAAUAAACCUAUUCGUUGCACAACCAGUUUAGAACCCCACCCACCGCUAGCAGCAAGAGCAUUCGGAGAUUAGAGACUCUAAGGCACCAUAACCACCACAGUGUAUUGUACAAGUAUCUGUAGUGCUUAUAUUGCAAGGACUUCCUAAAAUUUUGGUCUGUUUUUUGAAUUUGUGGUGGUCAUCCACCCCCAAAAGCCUGCUCCUCCUGUCAUUGUACUCCCCUACUCUGUUAGCACUAUCCCAUACUGAUGAUUAGCUCCUGGGUUGGGAAGUAUAAAUUGUUGUGUUGCGUGCAAACCUAGGUGUUCGCUAAACACAUUAUUGAAAAAUGUACGGGAAAAAUCGCUCAUUUGGAAAAAAAAAAUUACUUCAAACCAACUUUAGUCACAGCUUGGCUAUAUUGGUAUUAUGCUGGAAAUCCGGUUUAAUACAUGUCCAGUUGUCUGGGGUGGAGAUCAUUGGGGGGGGGGGGGCUGUGUGUGUGUGUAUGUGUGUGUAUAUAUAUAUGUAUGUAUGUAUGUAUGUAUAAUUGUUUUUUUUUUUUUUUUCAUCUGUUACAACUCUGGUCUGUAAUUGCUUUUAUGAAUAACUGUUUGGCGUGAGUUAUUCGAUGGAGGUGUAACUCUUGUUUUAUGUGUGAAGUUUAUACAUAAAGUGUAACUGGAUUCCAUCAUUGAGGUGCUAAAUGGAAAGCAAUUUGCAAAAAUCUAUUUUAUGUAACUGUAAUGUACGCUGCAUUCAUCCCUACCCCUCCGAAUCUGUAAUGUCUAGACUCAAGCUUUGGUGUAAAAUCUGUAUCUCUUGGUGAUAAUUAAUGGAAUAGAAAUGAUUAAAAAUAAAUGUUUUUAAAUUCUCAACAUAAUGCUUGCUUCUGCCAUCCCUUAAUGACCGGUUUAGGAAAAUACAAUUAUGUAAUUCUGCCUGUGCUGGUUAGUGUUUACUUGUUCAGCUGGCUUCCUGACUUAACAGCAUCCUUAAAGAGAUAUUUUGAACACCUUAAACACUGCAGCUUAUUGUAAUAGUUAUGGUGCAAAAAUACUUUUUUGAUGCAAUUCCUAAAAGUUUUGUCAAAACAUUUUAAAGCAAAAUGACAACUGUUGAAAGUUUCCCUGGUUUCCAUAGCCAACCCCCCUCUGCCCCUGAGGGUGUAGAGAAUCUGACUUCAAUCAUUUUUGCAGUGCCGAAAGCGUUGCCUGCAAUUUGGCGUGACCAACCAGUACAAAUCCUGUGGCUAGAAAAUGCAGAAGAGAAACUUUCUCAUUACCAAGUUAGUGGCAAUUUGACAAAGAAAAUAGGAUGGGAGGAAACCUUGCAUAAUGACACCCUAACUAUUACAAUAAAAUACAUUGGAUUUGGUGCUUGGAGUGUCCCUUUAAAUGCAAUAUGUAUUGAGUGUUUCUCACUAAAGUAGCCAUCAAGCACUAUUUAGCACUUGGGACUCAAACUAUCAUGUGUACUAAUUUAAAGUGGAACUGUCACCACCUGGGCACUUUGCAAAUUAUACAAAGACCCCAGACAAUGACAUCGCUGCUGGGGGUCCGGUUGCCUCGCGGCGCCACCAUCCUCUUCUGCUCCUGACACUUCAUGCGCAAGAGCACAGCAUCAAGAUUUGUGGAGAGUCCUGCUUUACCGCGGGAUCCUCCAUAGAUGUAGCUGAUUUACCGUCGGGGUGGUAUUGACACUUGUUGAUGGUGUGGUAGCUCUGCCCAGUGUCUGGAAGGGUCAGGCGUAGAAAUAAAUUCUACUUUGCUUUUUGUCUGGGUUUUUUUUUUUUUUUUCAGGGCAAGGUCCUCUGCUUAUAGAUUUGAAACCAAAACCAAUUUCUGAUCUCUAUUAUCCUAUCUGUUUAAAGGGACAAAACAAGUACUCCAUUUACAUCUGCUUAUUGUGCAGGUUACUUGCAAAGAAGUUGCCUUGUCCCCCAUCUUCCCCAUAUUUUGUGACCAUAAUUUGUACUGUCUACAUCCUCUCUAUGGAAAUCCUGUGCUACAGCUUUAAAUAGUUGCUUCUGGGAGAUAUACUUACACACAAUACACAUUUUACAAAGAGUUUUUCACUAAAACCUAUUCCCUGGCACAUGUUCUCUAUUAAUCCAUUAUCUUUGUCUCUAGAUAUCUCCUGGAACAAGACUUCCCUGGCAUGAGGAUUGGCCCAGAACCCACCACAGAUUCCUUCAUUGCGGUGAUGCAGGGUGAUGUGGAGGGGGUUGUCCCAGGCAAUGCACUCGUGGUGGAUCCCAAAAAACCUUUUAGAAAACUGAAUGCUUUUGGAAACGCCUUCUUAAACAGGUCAGUGUGACGUUAGACUCAGGAUGUUAUGAUUCUAGCUUUAUUUAAGGGCUCCUGGAAUGGGCAUCAGCUGGCAGGAAGGAAAACUCAGCGUUUAUGGUAAAUGCCGAAUGACCGUAGACUCUGUCCCCUGCCUGCCUAAUUAUGGUUAUGGUUGGCAGUCUUUCUUUGUUUUAUAUGAUCUAUUCUCAUUAACUGUAUACUCCACAGACCUGUAUUAAGGGGCAUAAUACCACUGAACAUGUUAAAUGGCCAAUAAGGGAAACGUUUGGUUAAGGGGCGCAUUGUGGGUUGCACUGACAUGGACGGUUUUAGCUAGUGAUGAUUUAUGUAACUGAAAAGGUAAUUUAAAAAAAAAAGAAGAUAAUUUACACCAACUUCUUUCUAAUAACAUUUACCAAAAUGUCCAUUGUGAGCGCAAAGGAAAAGAGGAAUAGAAGGGUAAAAAAGUGACAGAGGGGCCUGGGUCCCAAAGAAUGACUAUUCUUCCUGUGUAGGGAAACUUGGGAGUUAUUGAGGGGUUAAAAAGGGGAAUGGGAUGCUCCAAUGGGAACUGCCUGGUGUUCUAGAACCGUUCAUGAUUUCCACGUAGAUCAUAGGCUGAGGGUUUUUUUUAUUUUAUUUUUUAUUUUGUCAGAUCAAGGAUUUCUGUGAAUAAUUAAUUAUAAGAUGUUGGCCAUUAUUAGAUGUUAGAUGUUUAACAUUCAUAGGUGUAGACUUUCCUUUUUAACCACUUUUGUUUUCAGAAUAUGGUGUCUGAAUCACGGUUAUUUACUAAAGUGAGAAUUGUCUUGAAUUUAAGAUUGGCUGAAUUGGAAAAAUCCUUGAAAUCAACUAUUAUUCCAAUUCAGCUAUUCUAGUCUAAAAUGUGAAAUUCAGGGUGCAAGAGAAUACUGAGAACGGACACCUCAAGCAGCUUGCCCUUCGGUGGGUCCCGGUCAGGUCUUAAGCUGGUUUUAGCUCCUCUUGUGAGAUCCUGAACCCUUUGCAUAUCAGACUUAUUCUUCCCAAAAGGCGUUCCCUAUGUGAAAUGCAGGCUGGCUCUUGCUGCACGAGGGCACAGUAACCCCAGACGAUAGUUUCAGUCUUGUUCGGCUUCGUCAGGGAGGUAUAGCCAAUACUCCUUCAGGCACCGUGAGGAAGAGGUCCACGUCUGGAUCACCCUUUUAUCUUACUGCUCUUUUGGGUGGGAUCCAUCUUCUACGCAAAGGGUUUAGGUUCUCUCUGUAAUAGCACAAGAUGAGCCUAAACCAGCUUGAGAUCUGAGCAGGGACCCACCGAAGGGUCAGGUAAUAAAGCUUUUGUCUGUUCUCAGGGUAUUCUCUUGCACACGGUCUUUUUGCUCUCCCAAACUUUAUAUCAUAUAGUAAAUAGCCUUGCAUGCCAAACAACUUUCCUAUUUUUGGAAGGAUAGUGCUGAUUUCUGGGUCCUGUCUCUCCGUCCUAACUUUGAUCUAUGAUGUCCCCAAAAAGCAAUGUGCAAAUGCAUCAUUAGAAGCUUUUGUGUUUUGCUCAGGGUAGAAGGACCUUGCAGAGAUCACUGAACCAGUGUCUCCUGCUUGUUCCACCCUUGGUGGGUUGGCCUGUUUCUUCUGUUCUCUUGUCAGUACCUACGAUCGCUUUUGUUUUUUGAAAACUUACGACAAUGGUAUUUGAAGUGUAUACAUUUGUGCACUGCGUGCAUUAAUUUGCUUCAUUCUAUCUGUUUUUAAUAUUUGAAAAUUCUUUACAGCAAAACAUACCAGGUCAUACCCCCGAACAAAGGAAGUGGGUCAGUGACACAAAUAGCGUUACUGGAACCACUUAGAGGAGGAAUUAUCCCACCCACUGGCACCAUGCUUUAUGGGAUGCCGAUGUUGGUGGCAUGACCCUGUAUGUUUCGCUAGAAAGAAUUCUCAAAAGUUAGAAAACAAACUACAUGAAUUCAUGUAUAUAAUGCACAAAUACUUACAACUGAAAUAUUACUGUCUUGUGUUUUCUCAAAAAACACUGUAGGUACAGACAAUCCGAACUGACACUAUAAAUAUAGUGCGGUAUGAAUAAUGUUAUCAGGCUAGAUCUGUUGAUGAGCUUAACUGCACACUGACUCUCCUGACUUGGACUAUAGGCAGUGGUAAUCCUAUUUUUUUUAAUUUUAUUUAUUUUUUUGCCUUUAACUGGUUUCCAAAUAUAGAUCUACAUGCUGGACAAAAACACAAUGAUAGUAAAUAGAAUAAAACACAUUUGAUAAAAUGCUUUUUGGCAAGCAUUCUUAAUAUGUCAGCCUGGUUACUAUUACGGUCUUUAGCAACAUGGUAUUCACAUGCUACCCUGUACAAGGUAUGGGCAGGCCCUCUUAGGAUUCCCAGGCAGCCAUGCCAUGAGCAGUGUACUUCACAGUAGCUGGAUGGCAGCAUCUUUGUGGACCAAGUAGGCAGUAUUUUUAUUUAAACUUUUACUGAAAAUUAGGAUUCCACAAAAUUAAUGAAAACUGUACAGCUACUGAUAGAUGCUGGCUGACAGCCAAUAUGGAAAAAAUGAAAUGUUGAUGAGUGGGAAAAAAUCUAAUGUUUGCCUAUUUGCUAUUUUUUUCAACUAGACUUUCUACAACAUUAACGCUCUGGUAGAGUUUAUACCGCUCACAUGACGUGUUUCUAAGAUCUGGGUCACUGUUCGGACAGGCUGAUGAAAGGUCUCUCUGAGAGGAGAACUGUGGCUAGUUUCUAAUGGCUUAAACUUGUGUUCGAAUCCCGAGAGACAUGUAUUCUGGGAAAACGCUUGCUUCCCCUGGCAACCCUUCUUCAGCGCUGUGACAAUGUAACUUUUCGCACUCUGCUCAUUAUUAAUCGCAGUGAAGUGUGAGGUCAGGGUUAUAGAAAUCUCUGCUGUGGGUUUCCUGGACACAGCCUGGAUACUUGUAACGGAACUGCUAAUUGCACUUUCAUAAAACAUAUUACAGCAGGAUAUACUGCAAGGUAAAUCUAAUAUUAGUAGGAGUUAUUACUCAAUGCCUCUUAUAUAGGGGAAUAUUCACUAAACUGUGAAACUCACAGCCACGUUAACCCAAACUGUCUGCUUUGUUCAACUGUUUCCAAGUCCACCUCAAAACUUCUCUUCUUAAAGAGCCCCACAAUUCAUUUAAUAAACUCCUUAAAGUGCUAUAAUUAUCUGGAAAAAAAACGACCCUGCUUGUAUCUUCCAUUUCCACCUGCCAUGCUAGUCUUCCACAACCUCAUAUAUCUGCCUUGGGAUCCUCCCCUCCACCCCCAUCUGUUAACCCUUUACUUUGUAUGUGUGCUGAUGGGAAUCUGGAAAAGGAGUGUUUGCGUUUUUUUUUAUUUUUUUUUUUACAUUUUGGCACGGCCUGCCAGUUCCCCUCGAAGGUCCUCUCCCCUUCUAAACAGCAGCCAUUGGUGUAAUGUUUUAGAAAUGUAAUCAGUUCCUUUUGUUAGUAAUAUGUUCCACAAGCAAUGCUUCUGUGAGAACAAUAGGAUAUUUGCAGAGUACUUAUUUAACACGGUUCUCAUCCGGUAUGCUGGAGACAGCUUUAGUUACAAUUCAAACAUUAAUCCUAACAUUCCGCACGUAUUUGUUAUAACUAUGCUGAGACUAAUAACUUGUGAUUGACAAGAACGUUGAUUUAAAGGGACUCGAUCAUUUACAAAAUGUGGAUAUACCUUCCAGUAGGUAGAUUUAUAUUCAAUACACGCAGGCGAUCAGUUUACAUGCAAUCUACAUAUACGUACUUACCGAAUGUAAAGAAUCCUGCAAUGUCUGGUACACACAUCAACGUACAUUCAUUACCAGCAUCUGCCCUUCUAUUUUAUACAUGACCUAUAUACUGGUGCAUUAUAUAAAAUAAUUCAUUUUAAAUUAUCUGCUCUACAGAAUGGGACAUUGUAAUGUGUCCUGGCAGUCUUCAGUUGCAAUGAAGUAUUUGGUCUAGCAGAAGGAUAGCUCCGCAGUAUCCUCUCUAAACUGAUUUAGUGCAUUGCUCUUGGGUCAGAAUACAGAGGAUUUAGGGGUGAGGUGUGGUUGUAAUCAGAAAUUCCUUACACCCAGCCAGUAACUGGUCAUUUACACAUUUCAACCUAUUUUAGUAGCACAAUCAAUUGAUGCACAUUUGUAUCUAAUGUGCUGUUUAGAGAUCUGUUUUUUUUUUUGUUUUUUGUUUUUUUUAAAUGGGCAUUAAAUGUACAAUUUCUUCCAGUUAUGCUUUUCAUUUCAUGUCUUUUCGUUCUCUGUUUGCAGGUUCGUCUGUGCACAGCUACCAAAUCCUGUACUCGAGAGUAUCAGCGUGAUUGACACUCCUGGGAUACUUUCUGGGGAGAAACAGAGGAUAAGUCGAGGUAGGAUUGUGUUUUGGCAUUUAUAAGCCCAGCACAUAUCUGCAAUAGCCACCAUGACAUCUCUACGCUUACAAUGUCUGACUGUUAGGAGCUGCAGUCUGAACAGAUAGUCCCAUUACUGAAUCUAUUAUAAAUCUGUAAAUUCUAUUCUAAAACCUGUUAAAUUCCUUCUAGAAGCUGUUCUGAAUUUGGCAAAUUAAUUGAUUAUGACAUCUGACGGAGCACAUAAGGGAUCCUAAAUAAUGUUGUGUGUUUUUUUGUUUUGUUUUUUUUGUUUUGUUUUGUUUUAUGGAAGCUUUAUGGAAUAUACUAAGAUGAUGACCCUUGUUCCAAAAAAAAAAAAAAGCCUGUCUUUUUGUAGUGUGCUAAAUUUGUCAGAUAUAACAGCCGUUCUGGGGAGGCUUGAGUCUCCCAAACCCCGUCUUUCAGAAUGUGUGUGCAGUACGAAGACUAUAAGACCUAUAUUCAAAAGAAGAAAAACUACCACAACGAGAGGACAUAGUCUUAAAUUAGAGGGGCAAAGGUUUAAAAAUAUCAGGAAGUAUUACUUUACUGAGAGGGUAGUGGACGCAUGGAAUAGCCUUCCAGGGACUAAUGAAAGUAUCUAGAAAAUUGGGCAGACUAGAUGGGCCAAAUGGUUCUUAUCUGCCGUCACAUUCUAUGUUUCAGAAUUCUUCCAUAAAGCCUGUAUGGAGGUCUGUCUUGGGUGAGAAGCUAACUAAACAUGACCUAUACUACUUUUUAUUGCAAGAAUUGAUCAAAUCCCUAAAGCACAAAAUCUAAACCUAGACAAUUUGGAUAGUUCUACAUAGAAGCUGUUUGCCAUGCUUCCAUCCUCAUAUUUCUCCACCUACACUGUACAUCUGCAGUACAGUACUACUAACACAUCCGUUAAGUUAUAGACCAUUUUUCAAAGAGCUUUAUAAGGAUAUGUAAAGUAUUUCUGAUGACCGAGCCGCUACAAUCAGUCUGUGACACCUUUAACUUGGAGUAAAAUUUCCGCCAAGAAGUGGGCAAUCUAUAGUGGAAGACUUGAUUUGCCCUCUAUCGUUGAUGCUAUAGGAAUGGCUCCUUGGAGAGGGCAACGUACCAAAACAAACAGUAAUUUUAAACCAACGUUCUAAAAUUGGAGUAAUUACCAGGGGAUAUUUUCACUUCUUAAAAUUAACUCUGUGUAGUUUGGUUUAGCUGAGGUAAUAACCAGGCUUUAAGUGGAGGUAUAUGGUUCAGUGUUGUAACGGACCGUUUCUCUCACAAGGGGAUAAAAUCCGUUUAGGCGAUAAUCCCCUUUCCCAUAGACCAGCAGCUAUUGCAAUCACCAACCUCCCGAACUCCAAACUGUACGAAUCCCCAACUCACGAACAAGAAAUACACGAACUCUGGAAGCAGCCGAACAGGAAAAGCAAUACGAACGGCUUACACUCCUGGCAGUCAGCACACAAUCCAAUUCCCCCAAUAACGAGACGACACUUCGUUUUGAGGGUUAAGCAGAAUCUCCAGAUUUAUUCACACAACCUCCUUUUAAGACAUUCUCCCAUGCAAGGGAGGGAUCCACAACAAUUAGUACCCCAGCCAAUAAUGUACCAGUUACCUCCCACACAUCUCCUCCCCUUAGUGUGACACAUAAUCCCAUUAGUACAGACACAAAUUCCCUGGGAUACUGGAUGUACCCCUAAACAUAGGAAUACCCCUUUAAAUGUUACAUCCCCUGGUAACCCUGAUCUGGGUGAGACACAUAUCCAAAAAUCACCCAGAUCGGACCAGGGGUUCAGGAAUUAUAAAGGGUUAAAGUUUUGACCGACUGCAUGGCAAAAGUAUCCGAAAAUAGUUCCAUGUACUUUGGCCCUGCAGACGGUCACAGAAAAGGGAAUGAAUCACACGAAUUGCCUGGGUUAUAGAGCUUGGGGAGGAUUCGUAUGAAUCCCCCUGUUCGUGGGAUCCUUUCUACCGAACGGCGGGCCGUUCGGUAGUUUCUGCACGAAUUGCUGGAAGUCUGGAGGUCUCAGCGGUGUUUGCUUAGUCAAGUGUCCGAUUUUAGUUCCAGACACUCGACGGCAAAACACCGCUGUUCGGGAGUUUAAGAUGGCCGCCGCCACGUGUUCGUUUCCCGAAUGGCGGCCACCCAGAGGACACAACACACAUUACACAUAUUGCCAAUUACCCAUUUGCAACAUUGUUGCAAACGGUAAUUGGAGGCACACUUACUCCCGGGUGGUCUGGUUGUUCGGUAGUUUCACCCAAUAUAAUGAAUGAAGUGAUUCUAUCGAACAAUCAGGGGAAUGCUGCAUUCACCUAACACUUUAUACCGAACAUAUAAUAUUAAAUACAGCCUGAAUGCAAUUUGCUACACAGUCUUAAAAAGGCAUUAUUCCUAACAGGCAGAAUAUGUUCACGGAUGGCCCUUAAAGGGCCAGUAGCAGCAAUAUAAGAAUGUCACAUGCCCAAAUAUUGCAUACAAAAGUACGAAUUCACAAGGGGCCAUAGUCAGAUGGCAGGAGGCUGGCAACCAGGCUUCUCCAGUGCAUAGUGGCGAGGUUGGUUUCGCCACACUUCUCCCCUUUACCAAUCAGAGCCUGUGGGGUGUCAGUAUGUUCAAACUGGACAUUGGAGCCUGUGGGGGGUCAGUAUGUUCAAACUGGACAUUGGACCAUGAGGGUGUCAGUAUGUUCAAACUGGACAUUAGAGCCUGUGGGUGUCAGUAUGUUCAAACUGGACAUUAGAGCCCGGGGGUGUCAGUCUGUUCAAACUGGACAUUAGAGCCUGUGGGGUGUCAGUAUGUUCAAACUGGACAUUGGACCAUGAGGGUGUCAGUAUGUUCAAACUGGACAUUGGAGCCUGUGGGGUGUCAGUAUGUUCAAACUGGACAUUUGAGCCUGGGGGUGUCAAUAUGUUCAAACUGGACAUUGGAGCCUGUGGGGUGUCAGUAUGUUCAAAUUGGACAAUAGAGCCUGUGGGGGGUCAAUAUGUUCAAACUGGACAUUGGAGCCUGUGGGGGGUCAAUAUGUUCAAACUGGACAUUGGAGCCUGUGGGGUGUCAGUAUGUUCAAACUGGACAUUGGAGCCUGUGGGGGGUCAGUAUGUUCAAACUGGACAUUGGACCAUGAGGGUGUCAGUAUGUUCAAACUGGACAUUAGAGCCUGUGGGUGUCAGUAUGUUCAAACUGGACAUUAGAGCCCGGGGGUGUCAGUCUGUUCAAACUGGACAUUAGAGCCUGGGGGUGUCAGUAUGUUCAAACUGGACAUUGGACCAUGAGGGUGUCAGUAUGUUCAAACUGGACAUUAGAGCCCGGGGGUGUCAGUAUGUUCAAACUGGACAAUAGAGCCCGGGGGUGUCAGUCUGUUCAAACUGGACAUUAGAGCCUGGGGGUGUCAGUAUGUUCAAACUGGACAUUAGAGCCUGGGGGUGUCAGUAUGUUCAAACUGGACAUUAGAGCCCAGGGGUGUCAGUAUGUUCAAACUGGACAUUAGAGCCCAGGGGUGUCAGUAUGUUCAAACUGGACAUUAGAGCCCAGGGGUGUCAGUAUGUUCAAACUGGACAUUAGAGCCCAGGGGUGUCAGUAUGUUCAAACUGGACAAUAGAGCCCGGGGGUGUCAGUAUGUUCAAACUGGACAUUAGAGCCCAGGGGUGUCAGUAUGUUCAAACUGGACAUUAGAGCCCAGGGGUGUCAGUAUGUUCAAACUGGACAUUAGAGCCUGGGGGUGUCAGUAUGUUCAAACUGGACAUUAGAGCCCAGGGGUGUCACUAUGUUCAAACUAGACACUGGAGAAGUUAAUUAGCUAUGUGUUGUCCUGUUGCAGGUGUGGACCUGCAGCAUUUUAGACUCUAUUGUCUAGUAAUUGCUGUGAGUUUCGAAUUAUAAAUGUCACAAUCCUGUGUUAGGCAAGCAGUGACUCAAUAGCUCUUAUUUAUUUAUUAUAUCAUUAAUAUUAAAGACAUACAAUACAUCUUUUAACAAAUUAAGAUACAUGCAUUUGGUAAAAGCACAGCAGACAGUGCCAAGGCACUCAAUCAUUAGCUGGUUUUACUGCCACAGCCUGACGGCCAGGGGAUCCAUAAAAUAUGACAUAUACCUGCACUUUGUUACAUAGCAGGUAAGUAACUCAAUUUAACCUAUACACUGUCUUUAAAGCAAAUGCAUAGGUCAAAUUAUCCACUUAUCUGGUUAUUUACAAAAAAAAUUAAGUGUAGCCAUAACCUCCUGCUAUCGCGCCAAGCAAAGCAUUGUGGGAUGUCGCUUUCCCUAAUGUGGAUAGUUAUUCUAGAGCUGUUAGUCUCUGGUGCAGUGCUAACCAGUCAAUAUCACAGCAUGAGGAAUAACCGUGAAAGUUCAAUUGCAUUUUUAUUUAGCUGUCUUUCCUCCCAUAAAGAACACACUGAUCCCCCCCCCCCAAUGCAAUUUUAGCUCAUGUUAGAAUCUGGAACACGAUGGCAGCCAUGUAUAAGUGAUAAUUUGGCACUGCUAGAAUAACUUGUGUUUUAUCUUUCUGAAUCACCUUCCACUCUAACAUUUAACAUGUUUUCCAAGGUCGGAAAUCCACCAGAUUGUAAUACUUAUAUAAAGCAGCAUUAUUUUUCCAACAGCUCCUAUUAAAUAGAUCUCUGCUAUUUUAUUAAUAAACAAAAUGCAACAUCAGAAUCCUGGAAAAUACAAUCUGCUGUUGCCUAAUUUCCCAUAAUAGAAUCUUUUUUCCCUAAAUAUACACAUAAACAAAUCUGUGUCAGCACAUUUAGUGACUGAAUGAAAAAAAAACUAACUUUUCACCCAACAUCUUUAAAAGAUCUAAGACGUAAAAGUGCCUAUCACAGUUUGUGAAAUUCGAAUCCAUGCACUAAAUACAGAGAUGAAAUAUUUAGCUGGAGGGAAGAUGUUACGGCUGAGUGCAGUCGCCAAGCAAUGGCUGAAACAUCUGGAGCGGCGCAGGCUGCGCAGGGCGAGCUGGGUUAGACCGGAGUAUACAUUGUAUCUGCUAUUGUGGUUAUAUGGUACAAUUACCGUCCUGUCCAACCGUGUUUAAAACAACUACAUGAAUGGGAAAUACACAGACAAAACAAGCAUUUAGCUACUGCCAAGACAUUCCUGAAAAAACUGUUUAAAUGGCAGGAGAGAGAGCCGGCUUUGCCUACUGACUGCGGAGAUUUUUAAGUCUAAUUAGUAGCAUCUUGUUGGGUUUUGAAGUCAUUAAAUGCAAUAGCACCUUUUCAUUAUAGUCCUAUAGAUCAGUGUUCCCCAACCCAGUCCCCAUGGACCACCAACAGUCCAAGUUUUGUCAGUAUCUCUAUUGGAAUAAAACAGGGACACACAUAAAUGCUGGGCUGUUUGUGGUCCAUGAGGACUGGGUUUGGAAACACUGCUAUCGAUGAUCUGCAAACAGGGAAUAUUUGGGUAGGUUUGUUAUUCUUGGGAUCGCAAGAGGCAAAAUUCUCAAAAAAAGAACAGUCGCCAUGAAAACCAACAGAAAGUCUCUAAACAUGUAGCACUAGACCCCAUAACAAUAAAAAUCAAAAUCGAAAAAUGUAUAAUUUCGAUAACCAUCAAAUAUAGAUAAUAACAAUGGGCAUUAUACGUUAUGACUUUCAGCCAAUGAGGUGUCAAAAAGUGCUUCACUGUGUUUUUAGCAUAAGAUCAGUCAGCGUGAUAAAACAGGUCUGGAUAUGUUUAGUUGUAAAAUGUGCUCACUAUUUAAUUAACAACCACUGCCUAAUGGGAUUACUCCUAGUUUCACUGAGAAUACUUUUUAUUAUCAGAGAUAGUUAUGGAGGUUAUUUAAAGGAAACAUGUUUUUAAAUGAACUGUCUUUAACCCCUUAAGGAUUUAGACAAAUGUACACGUCAAAAUAAAACGUAAAAAAAACCUGGAAUUUGCGCUAUAUAUCUGUUCAGGAUUAAUUCGCCUCUUUCAUAUUAUGUGCACCCACCCUUAUAUAUCAUUUUCUUCAGGGCUUUCAUUUUAUAUCACAUUUUUAGCUAUGAAACGUAAUUUAAUAUGAAUAAAAUAUUUUUUUAAAGUGAGAAAUUAAGAAAUGUAGGUUUUUUUUACUUCUGUAUGACAUUUUUAACUGUGAAUGUCAUAAUACUGUUUGCUUUUACUGCAAUAAAAUACGCAUAUUUGUAUUCAGCGAUGUCUCACGUGUAAAACAGUACCCCCUAUGUACAGGUUUUAUGGCGUUUUGGGAAGUUACAGGGUCAAAUAUAGCAUUUUACAUGUUUCAGUUUUUUUCAUAUUGAAAUUCGCCAGAUUGGUUACGUUGCCUUUGAGACCCUAUGGUAGCCCAGGAAUGAGAACUACCCCCAUGAUGGCAUACCAUUUGCAAUAGUAGACAACCCAAGGUAUUGCAAAAGGGGUAUGUCCAGUCUUUUUUAGUAGCCACUUAGUCACAAACACUGGCCACCCCAUUUGCAAUACCUUUGGUUGUCUACCAUAGGGUCUCAAAGGCAAAAUAACCAAUCUUGCGAAUUUCAAUGUGAAAAAACUGAAAUGCAAACCUUAUAUUUGACUCUGUAACUUUUGAAAACACCAUAAAACCUGUACACGAGGGGUACUGUUAUACUCAGGAGACUUCACUGAACACAAAUAUUAGGGUUUCAAAACAGUAAGACGUAUCACAACAAUUAUAUUUUCAGUGUAACUGCCAUUUGUGUGUGAAAAAUGCAAAAAAUUUCACUUUCACUGACGAUAUCAUCGUUGUAAUACAUUUUACUGUUUUCAAAAGUUACAGGGUUAAAUAUAGUGCUAGCAAACUGAAUUCCUUGGACUUGGUUGUCAGGCAGGUCCCGCAAAUUGUAAUUAAUAAAAUGACCUAAUUAUGUAAAAUUAUUACAUAAAUAUAUAUGUAGAAUUAUAUAUAUAUAUAUAGAAAUAUAUAUAAUUUUUUUUUAUUAUUAUUUAUAUAUAGGUGUGUAUAUAUAUAUAGUGGUAUAUAUGUAUCUACGUAUAUAUAUAGAUAUAUAUAUUAUUUCGUUCUACGUGUAUUUUGACAUUAAUAUAUAUAUAUAUUAAAGGGAUACUCCAGGCACCCAGACCACUUCUGUCCAUUGGAGUGGUCUGGGUGCCAACUCUCACUACCCUUAACCUUGCAACUGUAAAUAUUGCAGUUUUCAUAAACUGCAAUAUUUACAUUGCAGGGUUAAGUCCUCCCCUAGUGGCUGUCUACUAGACAGCCACUAGAGGGACUUUUGUGUUCAUAGAACAUGAAAAGUGUGUUAUACAACGCUGGACGUCCUCACGCUCCAGUGUCGCCUAAAUCCCCAUAGGAAAGCAUUGUAUAAUGUUUUCCUGAGGGGAGGUCCAAUGCGCAUGCGUGGCCUAUUGCCGCGUACGCGCUUUAGGUCUCCCCCGCAGGCUGACGUUGGCGGGGGAGGAGAGUAGGCGGAUCCUGACCCAGCGCCGAGGAACAUUGGCGCUGGACUCCUGUAAGUCACUGAAAGGAUUUUGACCCCUUCAGCAACUUGGGAUGGGGGGUUGGAGGGAGAGGGGCACUGCAGGAAUCUGCAGUGCCAGGAAAACGAAUAUGUUUUCCUGGCACUGGAGAAUCCCUUUAAUAUUAAAAUACACUUACACAGUGUAAGUGUAUGUGUGUAUAUAUAUACUUAGAUCAUAUAUAUAUAUAUAUACUAUAUAUGAUCUAAGUGUUUAUUUUAAACUGUUUUUAAAACUUUUAUUUUACUUUUUUCAGACAGCAGGGGGAAUACCUGUAAUUACAGGCACUCCCACUGCUGGCACUGCUGUGGAUGCCUAUGCCAUCCAUGUGAUCGUUACGUCCUCGCAAGGACCUUAUGAUCACAUGUCCCAGAAGGGCCGGAACGGCAACAGGGAGACUCCCGGGCAUGGCAGGUAAGUCCCCCCACCGUGAUCGCCAGCGAGCGGGUAAGUACAUAGGAACAGCAGGGACGUGCUAGAGCCGGGUCCCCAAGGACGGCAUAGCACACCCAAAGUCCUUAAGGGGCUAAUGGUGCCCUCCUAUUGCGUCAAUCUAUUUGCUGCCCCUGAUCUGCCUCCUCGACUGUCUCACUUUAUGGGGAAAGAUUGUGAUUGUCUCAGAACACCACUUCUGAUGAUGUCAGCAUACAGAGGCAGUUCAGGGGCAGAGCCGGCAGCUUCAGACUUGAAUACAAGUAAGAUUUUACUAUAUUUAGGGAAGCUAGGGGAGGCCAAGGGGGCUAGAUUGUGGUUUUAAAAUGAUAGGGUCAGGAAUACAUGUUUGUGUUCCUGACCCUAUAGUUAUCCUUUAAUUAAUACAAGGGCCCUCCAUUUUGGGAAUCCAGGUCUGAAUAUAUGAGGCAGUGUUACAUGAGGCAUGCGGAGGGACUCACAGCGAGUAGGGCUAAGCCCCAAUCUCAUAUCAUUACUGAUUUUAUCAAUCUGUUACACUGGGGGUUUGUUCCAAACUGGAGACAAAAUCCUCAGUAGAAGCCAUAAUUUACUUAGCAAGUGACCAAACUAGAUUUAUAAAGCAUUUUUUAUUGAUAAGUAAAAGCAAUGCUGUCAAUCCAGUACUUCUGGUAGCCUUUGGCUGACUGUUGCCCCCAAGCUUAGAAACACAGUGGCCAUUAUAUUCCGGAAUUAGCAGAAGGUCUGCCCAGAAUUAUCAAUCCCUAGAGGUGGAAAGGUCACAGAGCUUCAGGCAGAUCAUUCCGAGGGGCCACAUUUUACUAGACACAGAAUAGAAGCUACUUUGUCAAACCGGGUGAAAACAUUUUGACACAUAUCCGAAUUUAGUGUCCUAAGACUCUUUCCACCAUACAUUAGUCUCAGCUAUAAAAGCUACGGUAUAGAAUACAAAUAGAGCAGGGAUCCAGCUUGUAUCACUAAAACAUAAAUAUAAAAUACAACAUAGUGUGAUAUUGUUAUAGCCUUGUUAAUCGCCCAACGCUUUAAGGUUACAAUCACAGAUUGAUGGUAUAAGAAAAGCCUUCAGGGUGCCUCCCCUCUGAUUAGGGGUGGGGGUAUGUCCUGCUGUUGGUAGUAACGCCAAUCUGGAAAUGGUUGGAUAUAGAAAAUGGAUCCAUUUAUUGACAUAUAAUUAAAUUAAUAGUAUAUAAAAAAUAUUUUUUUUAAACGGUCCUACGCGUUUGUUGGGGUUGCAGUCUGCUGUGUAAACGAGGAUCCUCCACCUCUAGUCUUUGAAGCAGGAUGCCUUGUUUCUUGUGGCACAUUGCUCAUCUUCCUCUCAUAGCCAUGUUUUGACAUUUGUCUGUUUUUAUGACUGAGAAGCGUAAUUUGUGCUCCAUGUUUGCAUUUUCUAUUUUUGCUUUACGUCCACCUGCGUCAUUCUUGCCGCCAUGACUGGAAUCCUAUUUAUUUAGGCAUGUCUGCUCUCUAAGAAACACUUUCUGUCCACUCAUCAUGCAACAUCUACAGAUCUUGUUUUAACACCAGUUUCUCUUACGUUCAGUGUGUCCAGAGUCUCCUGGUCCUGAGUCACUUUUAUUGUACUCUGACCUAGCCCUGGUGAUUCUCCUGUCUGUCCGUCAAUCGGGAUAUAUAAACUCAUAUCCUCAGUUUUCCAGCCCAGGGAUCUGAUAAUUAAUGAGAACUAGAUUUACAUUCAGUUAUUAAGCAGUUCUCCCAAUGCUGAGAUUACCCACGAGACAGAACAUUAAUACCUUUAAUUACAUAUAGGAGUAAUAUAUGGAUUACAUUAAGAUAAAGAUAACAUCAACACAGUUAAAAUAACUAUACUUUCUUAGAUUGACAUUUGACUAUGUAACGGCUACCCUGGUGUAGAGAGGGUACCAGCCGUUAGGGACGUCCUUUUCUCCCUGGCAGUCGCUGUGUAGUGAUGGAGUCGCCUAUUCCCUUCUGCUGGAUCAGGAGUGGAAGCCAGGUGCAGCUCUGAAAAGAGCUAAGUGAUUAAGCUGCAGAGAUUCCCCUUUCAAGAACGAGACAUAGAAACAUAGAAACAUAGAAUGUGACGGCAGAUAAGAACCAUUCGGCCCAUCUAGUCUGCCCAAUUUUCUAAAUACUUUCAUUAGUCCCUAGCCUUAUCUUAUAGUUAGGAUAGCCUUAUGCCUAUCCCACGCAUGCUUAAACUCCUUUACUGUGUUAACCUCUACCACUUCAGCUGGAAGGCUAUUCCAUGCAUCCACUACCCUCUCAGUAAAGUAAUACUUCCUGAUAUUAUUUUUAAACCUUUGUCCCUCUAAUUUAAGACUAUGUCCUCUUGUUGUGAUAGUUUUUCUUCUUUUAAAUAUAGUCUCCUCCUUUACUGUGUUGAUUCCCUUUAUAUAUUUAAAUGUUUCUAUCAUAUCCCCCCUGUCUCGUCUUUCCUCCAAGCUAUACAUGUUAAGAUCCUUUAACCUUUCCUGGUAAGAUUUAUCCCGCAAUCCAUGAACCAGUUUAGUAGCCCUUCUCUGAACCCUCUCUAAGGUAUCAAUAUCCUUCUGAAGAUACGGUCUCCAGUACUGUGUACAAUACUCCAAGUGAGGUCUCACCAGUGUUCUGUACAAUGGCAUGAGCACUUCCCUCUUUCUACUGCUAAUACCUCUCCCUAUACAACCAAGCAUUCUGCUAGCAUUUCCUGCUGCUCUAUUACAUUGUCUGCCUACCUUUAAGUCAUCAGAAAUAAUCACCCCUAAAUCCCUUUCCUCAUAUGUUGAGGUUAGGACUCUAUCAAAUAUUCUGUACUCUGCCCUUGGGUUUUUACGCCCAAGAUGCAUUAUCUUGCACUUAUCCACAUUAAAUGUCAGUUGCCACAAUUCUGACCAUUUUUCUAGUUUACCUAAAUCAUUUGUCAUUUGGCUUAUCCCUCCUGGAACAUCAACCCUGUUACAUAUCUUAGUAUCAUCAGCAAAAAGACAUACCUUACCAUCAAGACCUUCUGCAAUAUCACUAAUAAAAAUAUUAAAGAGAAUGGGUCCAAGUACAGAUCCCUGAGGUACCCCACUGGUGACAAGUCCAAGCUUCGAAUAUAUUCCAUUAACUACAACCCUCUGUUGCCUGUCACUCAGCCACUGCCUUACCCAUUCAACAAUAUUUGAAUCCAAACUUAAAGAUUGCAGUUUAUUGAUAAGCCUUCUAUGUGCAACAGUGUCAAAAGCCUUACUGAAAUCUAGGUAAGCAAUGUCUACUGCUUCAAAACGUAGACAAGGCUACGUUUUGAAGGGUCAAGAAGAACUAAUGUUUAAUGACACACACUCUGCUUUUAUGAGAUUCUGCCCAUGCAAGGGAGACACCCACAUAAUUAGCAGAGUAACCAAUCCAUGCAAUAUAUAUUCGAUAAAUUCCCUCCCCUCAGAUAACCACAUAACAUAAUUAAAUAGGAACAGUUUUUCCCCAAAGUUUGGAUGUACCCCAAAUACUUGGGGUACAGACAUAAAUUUGGGAUCCCCAGAUAGCUUAUAGUUCAGGUACCAACAUAUGAAAAAAUCAGCUCAAUCGGUUCAGCCGUUCGGGAGAUAUAGGACUUAGAAAUUUUGACCGACUGCACGGGUACAGUAGCCGAAAACAGUUCCAUGAAUGCUGGCCCUGCAGUCGGUCUAAGAACGUGGGUAAAAACUCCCGAACGGCCGGCCAUCCGUAUCCCAUCCUGGGUUCGCUGAAAUCCCCAUCUGCUGUUAAUCCUUUCUACCGAACGCCCGGUCGUUCGGUAGAUUUGGUGACAUUUUCCCGAAGGUAUGGAGGUCUCAGCGGUGUUCGCCUGUUUGAGUGUCCGAUUUUAGUUCCAGACAUUCAUCGGCAAACACCGCUGUUCGGGAGUUAAAAUGGCAGCGAACACGUGUAAGUCCCGAAAUGGUGGCUGAGCUUACAGUUCCCAUAGCGUUCGUGCGGUUGAUUCGAAUACAGUGCCCAUCAACCAGGGAGGUAAAUUGGCCAUAAUUAGCAGUCAGGGUGGCCUGUUAAGGCAGGUAAGCAUUCGCAUGGUGAAUGUUUACAAAAAUACCGAACGGCUGUAUAAUCCAUUUGUCCUUUUGCAGGCAUACUGGGCUUGUUACAGACUACAUUACUCGUGGAUACACCCUGUUAUUACUUAAUUUAUUAAUAAAAUCAAUCAUUUAUCUAACUUUUGCAUAAAUGCACGGAUGUAAUUUGAUAAUUGGCAAUUUGUUUGCAUUGCUAAAAUAAUUGUGAAAUUAUCUGCUUCUUCUCUUUCAACACUGAAUGAUAAAACGAUAACAUUGAGCAAUUAUCAGAAGUUACCAGGACAGUUUCAGACACAUCGGUGGCGCCCUUGCUUAGAAUAAUACUGUCACGCAAACCUUACCUGAUUAACCCCUUUAUAGAGAACAAAAUACAAUCUGUAUCUUAUACCAACUAGUUGUUUUACGGGUAAACCCCCAUAACUUUAUAUAAUUCCUCAUUUUAUAUUUAUUUCAAAAAACAACGUUAUAUACUGCAUAUUGUAAACAUGUAGAAGGUAAUAUCGUUUUAGGUGGGACCAUCAUUAAAAGAGAGGAUAAGGUAUACAGAUGCUGGAAUCCCCUGACAAAGUCCGAGGGUGGACGAAACGUGUAGGGUGGCGAGACAGAACUUGUUUUAAUUUUAUUAUUUUACUGUUUGUUCCUGCUUGUGGAAGGUCCUGGAUUUUCUCCUUUAGAUCGAGUUUCACUGAUUUAUGAUGGGCUUUCUGAUUUUUUAGAUUCUGUGAGUGCAUUAUAAUACAGCGUCAUUUUAAGUGUUUACAGUGCGGCACUGUGGAUAAUUAGCUGUAUUUUUGCAUGUCCAAUUUUGUAUGGUUUUUUCAAAUAUAGAAUAAUUACUUUUUUUUGCUGAAUUCUGCUCCACUUCCUCCAAUCGAUAAUGUACUCUCCCUGCUGCUCCCUAACCUAUAUAAGGCAAGGCUUUCUGGGAGUUAUAGUUCAAUCAAACACGUUCAGAAGUGGAAAGUCGAUAACUGAACAAGAAGUCCCAGAAACCCCCCAAGCCUCUGAGCAGAAACUGCUUAAACCUGCUACCCGAUCCUACACUGUACAGGGUAACACUCCCAUGUGCAACAUUACAGGCUCGGUAGAUCAGAUUGAGAGGUUCCUGAAGGCUGACAAUUGACUCUAUUGGAAUUUGCUGAUAUAACUGUAGAAGUGACAAUCUUUCUUAACCAUGUGGGAUUGGUUGAAUAUUCAUUUCAAUGCAAUAUCCAUAAAAUGUAUUUAAAAAAAAAAGAAUGUCUAAAUCCCAGCCGGAAAACACACUUUUAGAAUCACGUGUUUAUAAUGCCCAGAGUACAUCCAUUACUCCGUACCAAUACACACUGAUCUGUACUGCCCAGAGUACACUGCCAUCCAUUACUCCGUACCAAUACACACUGAUCUGUAUUGCCCAGAGUACACUGCCAUCCAUUACUCCGUACCAAUACACACUGAUCUGUACUGCCCAGAGUACACUGCCAUCCAUUACUCCGUACCAAUACACACUGAUCUGUAUUGCCCAGAGUACACUGCCAUCCAUUACUCCGUACCAAUACACACUGAUCUGUAUUGCCCAGAGUACACUGCCAUCCAUUACUCCGUACCAAUACACACUGAUCUGUACUGCCCAGAGUACACUGCCAUCCAUUACUCCGUACCAAUACACACUGAUCUGUACUGCCCAGAGUACACUGCCAUCCAUUACUCUGUACCAAUACACACUGAUUAGUACUGCCCAGAGUACACUGCCAUCCAUUACUCUGUACCAAUACACACUGAUCUGUACUGCCCAGAGUACACUGCCAUCCAUUACUCUGUACCAAUACACACUGAUUAGUACUGCCCAGAGUACACUGCCAUCCUUUACUCAGUACCAAUACACACUGAUUGGUACUGCCUAGAGUACACUGCCAUCCAUUACUCCGUACCAAUACACACUGAUCUGUAUUGCCCAGAGUACACUGCCACACAUUACUCCGUAACAAUACAGUGAUCUGUACUGCCCAGAGUACACUGCCAUCCAUUACUCCGUACCAAUACACACUGAUCUGUACUGCCCAGAGUACACUGCCAUCCAUUACUCUGUACCAAUACACACUGAUUAGUACUGCCCAGAGUACACUGCCAUCCAUUACUCUGUACCAAUACACACUGAUCUGUACUGCCCAGAGUACACUGCCAUCCAUUACUCUGUACCAAUACACACUGAUCGGUACUGCCCAGAGUACACUGCCAUCCAUUACUCUGUACCAAUACACACUGAUCGGUACUGCCCAGAGUACACUGCCAUCCAUUACUCCGUACCAAUACACACUGAUCUGUACUGCCCAGAGUACACUGCCAUCCAUUACUCUGUACCAAUACACACUGAUUAGUACUGCCCAGAGUACACUGCCAUCCAUUACUCCGUACCAAUACACACUGAUCUGUACUGCCCAGAGUACACUGCCAUCCAUUACUCUGUACCAAUACACACUGAUCGGUACUGCCCAGAGUACACUGCCAUCCAUUACUCUGUACCAAUACACACUGAUCGGUACUGCCCAGAGUACACUGCCAUCCAUUACUCCGUACCAAUACACACUGAUCUGUACUGCCCAGAGUACACUGCCACCCAUUACUCCGUACCAGCACAGUGACAUCUUUCUAGAUAUGUAA